GGUAUUCCUCGAGAUAAACAUACCUAGGUGGGGUUUGUCCAUCGAUUACAAAUGACGAAACAUCUUCGUAUUUGAUUGUGUCGACCGUGUCAUGGGAUUUCCAGUUUUACCUGUUGUCUGGUUGCCCUGAGACAACGGCUGUCGUCCAGCUGCCUCCCUCAGUCGAGGUGUGACGAUCGCUCAGCUGAGGUGUCGAGACUGCUCAGGUGUGAAGACGCAGCAAUGGCAUCCAACGCAGCCCCCUUGGGAACGCUUCCCAGUGGGAUUGGAAUAUUUACCUGCCUUCCCGAUAUUUUCUACCUCCCAGAACUGGUGUUUGGAGGCCUUGUCUGGAUCCUGGUGGCCUCUUCGCUGGUCGUCCCAGCCAACCCUCAGGGCUGGGUGAUGUUCGUCUCCGUCUUCUGCUUCGUCGUGACCUUCCUCUGGAUGGUGCUGUUCGCCUGCGGGGCACAUCACAGCAAACCCGGCUGGGCUGCUGCAGACUUUGUGUACCACGGCAUCGCUGCCUUCUUCUACCUCAGUGCCUCUGUUGCACUAGCCAGAGUAACUAUAGAGAUGAAGGAUGGGAGCAUUUUUCUGAACUACCAGCUGGAUAUAUCUGCUGUGGUCUUUUCCUACGUGGCCACGCUCCUUUACUUUGUCCACACCAUCCUGUCGGCUAUACGCUGGAAGUCUUUCUAAGCCUUCCUCCUGUCCAACUCCACCAGAGCCCUACACCCACUGGAACUCUACCUCCACCUUAUGAACUGGUUCUAGUGAAUCUGGUUCUGGCUAGCCUAAUAAAUCUGGAUCUAGCUAACUAACCUAAUGGUUCUGGCUGGCCUAAUGAGUAAUAAUAGCUAACUAUCCUAAUAUCUAUUUAUCCCUAGGCUAUUAAUUUAGCUAGCUAGCCUUUCAACGGGGUCAUCCCUAUGUUCCCCUGAUUCUAUGUUCCCCGGGUGCAAAGGGUUAGGGUCAGGUUUAGGGUUAUGGUUAGGGUUAGGGUGAGGAUUAACCCUAAACCUAACCCUAACCAUAACCAAUUGGAGGAGAGCCAUUCUAACCAAUCACAGGCGAAUCAGAGGCGAAAAAAAGGCGGUACUUGCCCAUACCAUCCUAUGAAAAAAAGAUUUGCUCACAGGAUCCUAAGUUCCCCGGUCACAUGUAAAGCGGGGAACAUAGGACCCGGGGAACAUAGGUACGCUCCCCCUUUCAACAAUACUUAAAUACGUUCCAUCCAUCUCUAAUGAAACAUACUGGAAUGCACGUGCAGUAGUCCAUCUUCUUUACAUGCAGUCCUAUGAUAUGCUACUACACAUACAGUACAUACAAAAAAUAAUAAUUAACUAUUCAGUUAAAGGUGCUUUUAGUGCAAACACUGAGAUUGUUUUUUAUAACUGGGUUAAGGUUUGAAGUUUUCGAAAAGGUUCCCACACAGCUUGUUUUCUAUUGUUGUAAAUGUUUGUUAAAAGAGAGAUGAUCAACUACACCAAAUGCAGCAGAGUUCGACCUCUUUGUAUUACCUUUGCUGUCGGGUUUUUUUAUAUAUUUUUACAACAGCUGAGUUCAUUAAACAUCAAAUGUGAUUCCCUGA